AUGGCGGAGCGCAUCCUCAUGAAUGAGUUCAAGGCUCUCCUCAAAGAGAAAUGGGUUAAUGUCCAGUUACACAAUGACGACAUCUUCAAGUGGGAUGUCGCACUGAUCGUGAUCAACCCGGACUCGCUGUACUAUGGCGGUUACUUCAAGGCCUCUAUGAGUUUCCCAUCAAACUACCCUUACGCUCCGCCAAAGUUCCGCUUCCUACGACCCCUCCACCACCCGAACAUUUAUUCCGACGGCAAGCUAUGCAUCUCCAUUCUCCACCCACCCGGGGAAGAUGAAAUGUCCGGUGAGCUUGCCUCAGAACGCUGGUCCCCGGCCCAGCGUGUUGAGUCCGUCCUGAUCUCCAUUCUCUCCCUCCUCGACGAUGCCGAGCCAUCAUCCCCCGCAAAUGUCGACGCCGCCGUUCUACUCCGCAGAAAUCCAGAAAGAUACCGUCAGUUGGUCAAGGAGGACGUCGAGAGGUCCAAGGCUGAUAUCCCCACCGGCUUCGAGAUGCCUACUCACGACACUCCGAUCCAUGAACCCGUGGAGAAGGAAGACCACGACUUCUGGGCGGAUAGUGAUGCCGACAGCGAUGUGUUUGGCGGCAGUGACUCUGACGACGAGCUUCAGUCUAGCAAUAGCGAAAUGGAGGUGGACGGCGAUGACUCGGAUGAUGAUAUUAUCGAAUGA